AUGGACCUGCUCAAAGUCCAUGCUAAUCUUUUGCCUCCCUCCCUCCUCCUUCAGAACUCCUGCUACAGAGUCACCAUCCGCCUUGCCACCCAUCCGAAAACCCACCCCCUUUAUGAGCCGCUGCGCAGAGCUGCAAAGACAUAUGUGGGCUCACACCGAUCCUCCCUCCACAAGCCCACGCACCACUUUGACAUUGCCCCCAACGCUAUCGAAACCCUCAUUCCCUCAAGAUGUUCCCCAACCUCCAUGAAUCUGUGGACCACCCACAUAGCCGGAACAAAAGAAGAAGCUAUAAUGGAACAUGAGCAACUUGACGAACUUAUUCAAGUAUACAGCGAUGGAUCGGGAUACAAAGGGAAUAUUGGGGCCGUGGCAGUUCUCUUUCGUGCUGGGAAACCCCCAAGGACAUUAUGCUACCACCUAGGAACGGACAAAGAACACAUGGUAUUUGAGGCUGAGGAGCGCAUGCUGACACUUGCCGAGCAACAAACGGGAGAUUUACGUUGCUUCAGAGAUAGUGACUACCUCCUUCCCUGCGCUUUUGUUGACACAUUCGCAGGCGAAGUUCGACCGAGAUCGUCGAUUCCUCAUGAAGACCCAACUCCUGGCAUUGAUGACCACCUUCCUGUAUCAAGCGACACCUCUGAUUCUAUUGCUGCUGAUUGUAGCAAAAAUUGGAAGGCAGCCACCUCUGAUGAAAAGAAGAGGAUGUGGAGCAUAUUUGACGAGACUGGUAUUUUUGUCAGCACAUGCCGUCAUGGCUUCAUCCUAUGGUAUGCAGAUAUGGCUAAUAGUUACGUGAACAGUGCUAAGUACCCUCUCACCAUCAUUGCUAAAGUUCUCGAACUCCUCAGUGAACGCUCACUUGGUGCCUACGACAUCGGUUGUGGGUUCUCAUCCACGGUCAUGGCCAGUAGCCUGGGCCCUCUUUUCAAGAACAUGGACUGUUGUUUGUGUGUCGAUGCAUUUCACGGCUUUGCACAUAACUAUCGCUGUCAGACUAAGCACCAUCCACUUUGGAUUGACGGUGCAGGUCUUGAAGAUUUUGGAACCAUUGAACAUAUCUUUUCUGCAUCAAAUGCCCUCUCCCCUGUCAUUCAAUAUGCAAGCGCUUAUAAUCGGCACGUGUUUCUCGACAUGUUCUUCAAACAAUGGGACAACGAGAAGUACACAAACCUCGCUAUGAUGAUCUACAACAACUACUGUCAAGCCCUUCAGAUCAUAUCGAAAGAAUUGGUAGCAUUAACAGAGGCUAUGGCAUCACUCGGGAUUACUGAAGAAGACUUCACUCUAUGGCGUCAAGAAGAAGUUGAGUACUUCCAUACACUGGAAUUGCAGUCUCAAUGCUCUGCUGUGUCGUUGCGCUUCAUAUUGAGUGCUCCAGCAAACUAUCAAUUCCAGCCACCAACACAGGGCUCAUACACUGCCGAAUUAUCUCAGACUCACAAACUCGAAACACAGAGGCGUUACGCUUCUGAGAAGUUGGAUGCCAUUCAACUUGAAUUGGUUGCCAUGGAAGUUAAGAUGGGUAUUACCCACCGCUGGGAGCCAUCUUCGCCUGAAUACCAGGCAACCAUCAAGUAUAUGUGCACUCGAGAGUAUCACCGUGCUAUGGACAAUCUUCAACGUCUUGUAAUCCAACGUCUAUUUGAGCUUCAGCGUCUCAAUGUUGCACAAACCGCCCCCCGCCUACUGCUCGAAUGGGCGAAGGUUUCGCACUAUCAGUUCCUUGACGAGUUCAUGCUUUUGCAUGAGACUCGUCAGGAUAUCCACGACAAACCAUGGGCCAAACUGGCUAUUCGUGAGACCAUGCGCCAACACUUGCGUAUCCAAUGGGCACGUGAAGAAGUUGUCCGCUGCAAUGUGGAGAUACGCAGGAUUCACACUGCUAUCAUAGAUGAAGACCACCACUUCUCACGCAUUCUAAAGGACCUUGAUGAUACAGGGUCUCCAUUACUUGUUGCAGCACAUGAUUUCUGUCAGAGGCAGUGUCUUGUUAAUGCCCAGGUUCUUAAACGCAUUUAG